ACAGAGCUAGAGCAUCGCAGGGAGUCGGCGCCAAGGCGACGCGGGAAGGCGCCACCACCACCGCGGUCGCCGCCGCUGUCGCCGCUGGCCAAGGUGCUGGACACGACAGGCCCGUCGGCCAUCUCACCAGCUGAGGAACCCGUUGCUGCAGCUGCUGCUGCCUCGUUUCCAGCCAGGACCCCAUGGAAGAGAUGGAAGAAGAGUUAAAAUGCCCCGUGUGUGGCUCCUUCUACCGGGAGCCCAUCAUCCUGCCCUGCUCUCACAAUCUAUGUCAGGCGUGCGCCCGCAACAUCCUGGUGCAGACCCCGGAAUCUGAGUCCCCCCAGAGCCGUCGGGCCUCCGGCUCUGGGGUCUCCGACUAUGACUACCUGGACCUGGACAAGAUGAGCCUAUAUAGCGAGGCGGACAGCGGCUAUGGCUCCUACGGAGGUUUCGCUAGCGCCCCGACUACCCCGUGUCAGAAGUCCCCCAACGGCGUCCGUGUGUUUCCCCCGGCUAUGCCGCCACCACCCACCCACCUGUCACCGGCCCUGGCCCCGGUGCCCCGCAACUCCUGUAUCACCUGCCCGCAGUGUCACCGCAGCCUCAUCCUAGAUGACCGGGGUCUACGCGGCUUCCCCAAGAACCGCGUCUUGGAAGGGGUAAUUGACCGCUACCAACAGAGCAAAGCUGCGGCCCUCAAGUGCCAGCUCUGUGAGAAGGUGCCCAAGGAGGCCACCGUCAUGUGCGAACAGUGCGACGUCUUCUACUGCGAUCCGUGCCGUCUGCGCUGCCACCCGCCCCGGGGGCCGCUAGCCAAGCACCGCCUGGUACCCCCGGCCCAGGGCCGCGUGAGUCGGCGACUGAGCCCUCGAAAGGUCUCCACCUGCACAGACCAUGAGCUAGAGAACCACAGCAUGUACUGCGUGCAGUGCAAGAUGCCCGUGUGCUACCAGUGCUUGGAAGAGGGCAAACACUCCAGCCACGAAGUCAAGGCUCUCGGGGCCAUGUGGAAACUGCACAAGAGCCAGCUCUCCCAGGCACUGAAUGGAUUGUCAGACCGGGCCAAGGAAGCCAAGGAGUUUCUGGUGCAGCUCCGCAACAUGGUCCAGCAGAUCCAGGAGAACAGUGUGGAGUUUGAGGCCUGUCUGGUGGCCCAGUGUGAUGCCCUCAUCGAUGCCCUCAACAGAAGGAAAGCUCAGCUGCUGGCCCGUGUCAACAAGGAGCAUGAGCACAAACUGAAGGUGGUUCGAGAUCAGAUCUCUCACUGUACGGUGAAAUUACGCCAGACCACAGGUCUCAUGGAGUAUUGCUUGGAGGUGAUUAAGGAAAAUGAUCCUAGUGGCUUUUUGCAGAUUUCUGACGCCCUCAUAAGGAGAGUGCACCUGACUGAGGAUCAGUGGGGGAAAGGCACGCUCACUCCCAGGAUGACCACGGACUUUGACUUGAGUCUGGACAACAGCCCUCUGCUGCAGUCCAUUCACCAGCUCGACUUCGUGCAGGUGAAAGCUUCCUCUCCAGUCCCAGCAACACCCAUCCUACAGCUGGAAGAGUGUUGCACCCACAACAACAGCGCUACCCUGUCCUGGAAACAGCCACCUCUGUCCACGGUGCCCGCCGAGGGAUACAUUCUGGAGCUGGAUGAUGGCAGUGGUGGUCAGUUCCGAGAAGUGUAUGUCGGAAAAGAGACAAUGUGCACUGUGGAUGGUCUUCACUUCAACAGCACAUACAACGCCCGAGUCAAGGCCUUCAACAAAACAGGAGUCAGCCCAUACAGCAAGACCCUGGUCCUCCAGACGUCCGAGGACACAGACUCAGAAGAACAGACCCUCCCUUUUCCAGUGCCUUCGGAAAGAUUGCCGCUCCGUAGAAUGAGUCCUUUCUCCUCCACCCUUAAUCUACAACCCAGCUUCCCCGGGAGAUCCUACUUUGAUUUCCGAUCCUCACCCCACCAGCUGAGUUUGCAUUCUUCUUUACAGUCUCUCAAUACAUCGGGAUGCAAUUUUGAGACACAGUCUGCACCUUACUCUCAAUUAGUUGACAUUAAAAAGCUGUUGGCAGUGGCCUGGUUUGCUUUCGACCCUGGCUCUGCACACUCGGACAUCAUCUUCUCCAAUGACAACCUGACAGUGACCUGUAGUAGCUAUGAUGACCGGGUGGUCCUGGGGAAGACUGGCUUCUCCAAGGGAGUUCACUAUUGGGAGCUAACGAUAGAUCGCUAUGACAACCACCCGGAUCCUGCUUUUGGCGUAGCUCGCAUGGAUGUGAUGAAGGAUGUGAUGUUAGGAAAGGACGACAAAGCUUGGGCAAUGUAUGUGGACAAUAACCGGAGCUGGUUCAUGCACAACAACUCGCACACCAACAGAACGGAGGGAGGAAUCACAAAAGGGGCCACCAUUGGUGUCCUCCUCGACUUAAAUAGAAAGACCUUGACAUUUUUUAUCAACGAUGAACAGCAGGGUCCCAUAGCAUUUGAGAAUGUGGAGGGCCUUUUCUUCCCUGCUGUCAGCCUAAACAGGAAUGUGCAGGUCACACUUCACACUGGGCUCCCGGUCCCUGACUUCUACUCCAGCAGAGCAUCCAUAGCCUAAGGAUGUGCUGUGGAGGCACCAGCUGCCUGUUUCCUCUGCCUGAGAGAGAGAGAGAGAGAGAGAGAGAGAGAGAGAGAGCAAGUCAGCAAGGAGCUCCGCCAGCUGCGGCCAAGUUCAGAGUUGGCAGAAGAGGGAGAAGGAGGAAAGAACAGCUGGUCCUCUAGAGCUCUGCCCCUUCCCCUCCAGCCUCUCCACCCUUGCCAUGCCUGUGUGCGCUUCCACGUCUAGCAAUCUAACCAACAAAGGACCUAGACAGCCCACCACCUCACUUCCUUUCUGCUCCCAGGUUUUGCUUUUAUUUAACUUAGUUUUUUUAUAUAGGUGAAUUCACACCAUUUCUUUUCUGAACUUGAUAUUGGUGACUUACAGAACUGGUACUGCCGAGAAAAAAAUUCUCCUAAUAACUUUUUUCUUAAGCUUUCGGUCAAACAAUGAGGUUGUAGAAGGAGGUAGAGAAGAAUGAGCUGAAUUUAGAACUUUGCAGUUUACCUCCUAGAACGUUCUUGCCCUCAUACCUCUCAUGCAGUGCUAGGUCUGCAUAGCUAACCUUUGAGAGGUGGGCAGAGUGAGUCUAUCAUGGAGAAGUUUUACUACCCAUUGAAGCACAAAAAUAUCAACUACACAGGUUCACAGCAGGGUAGGAUCAUUAGGAUAGCCCAAUCAGUAGGACAGGCCAGCAACCCUGGCCACUAUACAAACCUGGAAAGUCUCUAGACAGAGGCAGACCAGGGGAUUUCAUGAUUUGAUUCAUUUAUUUAAUGCAAGUUUUUAAUUGAGAAACUACUAUGGACCAGGCACUGUUCCAGACACUAGAACCCUAGGUUCUAGACACUGUGGAAACAUGGGAUGAACAGACAGGCAUAGCCUCUGCUCCGUUGGAGCUUAUAUUCUAGUUGGCGAACAAGGCAAAAAUUAAGUAAUUACAAAUUGUUUUAAGUACCAGAAAGGAAUAGAUAAAGGUCAAAGAGCCUUAUCAGGAAGGUCUUUCAGGCUCCCUAGUUGAUGCUAAAAACCCACACAUUCUGGCCAUCACACCAGAAAUGUACCAACUCAAUGCCUUUUCAACUGCCCUCUUUUAAUUAUGUCCUGCUGCUACUCAUCACAGAGCCCUUCUUUGGUAGAAAUGACAUCAUCAUUCUUAGAUACCAAGCCUUAAAAAACAGUUAAGAAAUAAAUGGUGAGCAGAGGGCAGAAGGCCCAUGCUCAGUAAUGGGGGAACUUAAGUUGCGGUCCACAGCAUUCACACUCUCAGGAUAAACAUCUACCUGUGUGCUACCUGUGCCUAUUACAAACGAAAACUCCAUCCACUCUGCUGCCAUCCACAGCCCGACUUUCUGGGGUAGUUCAAAUAAUGUUUGGAUAAGAUUUUUGUUACUAGUUGUUACUAAGACUGACGGCAGAAUAAUAAGGCUUAUUACUUCUUUAGAGGGAGACGCUUACCCUUCAGAUUCUUUAGUUUGACAUGAAGUUGUAGAAAGUGUAGGACCUGGAGGAAAAAGGUCUAGUUCGUUGUCUAGAUAUUUUCCAGCGAGCCAAGAAUAUCACCAUGAAAAAAUUUAAAAACAAGAAUAACAAACAGAAGGGGAAAAGGUAAGAAGGGAAAGCUAAUAAAGUCUUGGCAAAAGGUGAUAUAUGUAAAUAGCUACUUUACUAUUAUUUACUUUUGUGCUUCUUUUACUUAGAUUAUUUCUAUCAGUUAUAAUGUUUUUCUAAUUGGAAGCUAAUUUAUUGAACGGGUGCUAUCCUAUCUGUCGGUCUUGGUUUUCCAUGGCUACACAAACACUGUUGCAGGACAACACUGGUUUGAUAUUUGAUUUGUGCUCCAAUGAGACUCGAUGGCUGGGCCGCUGUAGACUCAUAGUUGUUCUCAUUCUUUAUUAAAUUCAUCCUGCUAAUUAGAUUUCUAGUGGCUCAUAACACGUAGUUUACACUGAAUUGCAAUGAUAGAUGCAUAUGGCUACUGUACUAGAAAAAAAAAAUCAUUUCCUGUGCCAAUAAAUGAUUUUUAUGAAAGCACAAAAUGUCUCUGUAGAAUU